ACCCAUGCCGUAAAGCGUCGACGUGACACGCACACUUUCACUGUCACGCUGUUUGCAUUCAGGUGUUCGCUUUGAUCAUGUGCGUUAAGAUGUUUGCCAGCCAUCUGUCAUCAUAAAUUAUCGAUGCAAAUAAGCUGCUGUGAGUAUAUCACGUUAUACAGGUUGAUCCUGUCGAGGUUUCAGCCGCACAAAUGCACUUGCAGCACCAAGAAACUACACGCGGAAGUAAAUCUUGUCUGUUUAUAUGCUUCAUAAAGUCUUUUACCUAAAGGAUUAAUGAUCUUUAACAAAAGACACAAACAUGAACAGUCAAAAGUUAAUGAGGUUAAUCAUCUGUGGCUUGGUGAUUGUUGCCAUGAUGAAAUUUUUCUUAAGCCUCAGCACAAGCCAAGGCGCAAGUGAAAAGACACACCAAGUCAUACAAGGUGGUAAGUUCUGGGCUAGCCAGCAUAUCCCAGAGCUGAAUUUGGAUAAAAAUCAGGAGGAUCCUGUCAAAAUAGAACAUGCAGAUCCAGAGGUUAAGCCAGAGGUUAAGCCAGAGGUUAAGCCAGAGGUUAAGCCAGAGGUUAAGCCAGAGGUUAAGCCAGAGGUUAAGCCAGAGGUUAAGCCAGAGGUUAAGCCAGAGGUUAAGCCAGAGGUUCACCCAGAGGUUCACCCAGAGGUUCACCCCGAGGUUCAGCCAGAGAAAAAAGACACGAUCCAAUCAAACAAAGAGGAGUUGAAACCAGAAAUUCCAAACAAUACACCGACAGAUCCACUAAAGAUUGUGCACUUAGAUCUGAAAGGUGCAGCACCCAAAGUCAAAUAUCUCAAAGAGAUAUUCCCUCUACUGUCAUCUCUGGGUGCUAAUGGGAUAUUGCUGGAAUAUGAGGAUAUGUUUCCCUAUGAGGGGGAACUCGCAAUUCUCAAAUCAAGCUUUGCAUACAGUCCGGAAGAUAUAGAGGAAAUCAAGUCACUGGCCAAACAGCACAAGCUUGAACUAAUUCCUCUGGUGCAGGUGUUCGGACACUUGGAGUUUGUGUUAAAACACGAGAAGUAUUUCAGAUUGAGAGAAGUGGAAGCGUUUCCCAAUAGCCUAAACCCUCUGGCCCCAGGAAGCAUUGACCUUGUUCAAGACAUGUUAACGCAAGUUAUGAACAAGCACCCGGAAGCAGAGUGGUUCCACAUUGGUGCUGAUGAGGUGCGUGGCCUGGGCGAAAGCGAAGACUCGAAGCGCUGGUUGGAAGCCAACAAUGGAGACAUGGCAAAGCUGUUUCUCAAUCAUGUGACCGCAGUGGGGAGAUUUAUGACCAAUCUGAAGCGAGGAAUCAAGCUGAUUUUGUGGGACGACAUGUUUAGGACGCUCAGCUCCGACUCUAUCAAAGCGUCGGGUUUGCAAGAUCUCGCAUCGCCCAUGAUAUGGACGUACACCCCAAACAUGGAUGUGAAAGUGAUCGGUAGUUAUAUCACUAAGUAUGAGGAGGCUGGAUUUCAUGGCGUGUGGUUUGCUAGCGCAUUUAAAGGAGCCUCUGGAAUUGACCAGAUGUGGACUCCAAUCAAUCACCAUUUAAAAAACCACCUACAGUGGCAGCAAGUCAUUACAUCAAUGCCGCAGUACAAGUCUGUGAGAUACCAAGGCAUUGCGCUGACUGGCUGGCAGAGGUAUGAGCAUCACACUGUGCUGUGUGAGCUUCUCCCAGUGGCCAUCCCUUCUCUGGCUGUCUGUCUUCAGACACUGAAAUAUGGUUCAUUUGAUGCCAAGGCACAGAGUGAGGUACAACGCAUCCUUGGCUGUGAAAUUGAGCUAAGCAAAAAUGAAUGUAAGGGUGUUUCCUUUCCUGGCUCAGAUGUUUAUGAAAAGGUGAAGAACAUCAAAAACAACCUUGAGAGUUCAGUCAAAAAGAUCAUGGAAAACUACCAUGUCAGGGGAUCAUUCAGUUCUUAUAAUCGCAAACGUAACUUUGCAAACCCACGAAAUCUUGGAUUUUUCAGAGAUGACCUGAAAAAGUUGAUGAAUGAAUGGGAUUCCUUUUUACGAACUUUCCGGGAAAGUAUGGAGGCUAUCUUCUACCCAGACACAUUAGAGGAGUGGUUGGAGGAGAACGUCAAUGAACACAUAGAAACACUUAGUAAAAUGGUAGUUGACGUAGAACGAAUCAUUGCGCUCAAUGGACAGCCAAAGGCUGAUCCCUUGAAAACUAGGUGAAAAAGACAACCGGACCAACAGAAAAGACAUUCCAAAAUGUGACUUUCAAACCUGUUGUACUCAGUAACUGGUGUUUUUUCCAUCUCAGGGAUCUUGCUUAUUUCUUGAAUGCCUCACUGGAAGUGAUAAUAACACUAAAAAAUGCAGUAAUCUAAUUAAUUACGCUAUGUAUGCACUUCUUGAAGAAGUGGACUCUCUACACUGUGCAUUGAUGCUGUUUUUCGUACUUGAGUUAAUGUAAAUGAUUUACCUCUGCACUUAAAUUGGUACAGUUUGUGUUUUUUUUUAAAAUUAUUAUUAUAAAUGUCUAGGGAUUAAACUUCAUCUCUUUAAAGCCGGGGACACACCUAACGAUUAGCUGAAACAUUCUAAGACUGAACUGAACACACAUACCGAUUGUUUCCUUCGACUGGAGCCGAUUUAUAUACUCACACAUGGAAUUUGAACACAGACUGUAAUCGCAGACUGAAUGCAACUGGCUCUGACUGGACGCGUUUGAGCGCGAUCAGUCAUAAGUAUCAAUUUACAUUCAUAAUCGGCCGUUACAAUCGUUAAGUGUGUGCGCGGCUUAACAUGCAAGAUGUAUUUUGUACAUUUGUGUAGUUUGGGAAGCUCGAAUAUUGUGCAAUUAUGUUCAAAGGCAAAAUGUGCAAUCCUUAAGAAAUGUUACAAUUGAAUGCCUUAAUAAAGAUGCUAGGUGUCUUUGGUGUUUCAACACUGUUACAACAGCUUUCUUAUAGUUCUACAGAUGUUCAAUUUAGAAAAGCAUUAAAAGUGAAAACCUGCUGGUCCUGGAGCUUGGAUUACAUUUACAGCCUCAUAACAAUACUAAAAGCACUCAACAUGAUUUGCUUGAAAUUGUUUCAUUCCUGUGUUUUGAGGGGUUUACAAUGUGGAAUAAAAAAUGGUGGAAGUUA